AUGAGAAAAAAGGAAAAAGUCAAGAAAUUGAAAGGUUAUUUGAAUGAAAUAAUUUCAAUGAAGGAAACUUUAAGGAAAAGGAUUCCAAAAGAAGAGUCUAAAUACAAUCUACUAUUCCAACAGGUUGGAAGUGACAAGAAAGCCGAAUAUGGAAAAGAUAAGGCAACUCUGAUUGCGCGAUUCAUUCAACAAAUCAAGGAUAAAGUUCAAAAUGAAGGAGUAUCGUUUAUCCAACAAUACUACCUAAAUAAGGGACUGAAAUUAUUCAAAGAAGAAGGUAAUAAGGCUGUGAUGAAAAAGCUUGACCAAUUGAUACAGAGAGAAUGUUGGGAACCAGUUCAUGUUGAAGACAUGACUGAUUUGGAAAAAAGAAGAGCCCAAGAUGCUAUGAUGUUAUUAGCUGAGAAAAACACUGGUGAAAUAAAAGGAAGAUGUGUAUACAAAGGAGAUGGAACUCGAGAAUGGCUAUCUCGAGA